AUGGUGCCCAUCCAAUUCAUUGUCUUCUACCUUGUGCUCGAGUUCUUGAUGGUGAUUGUGCAGAGCAGCUUAAUUAUUGUAGUACCGGGCAGGGAGGGGGUACAGGUCAAAAGGCUGUCACUGUGGCUAUGAUUCUCACCACCUUGGGCAUCCCACUUCUGUCUACAGUAGGGAUCAAUGUUGUAGUAUUUUUGCUCCUAUUUUAACCCAAAUUAUGUAUUUUGGUACUUAUCCAUCAUCUGGGACUUUAUUAAUAGUCUUCCAUUCUGGUUCACCAGCUUGCUUGCUGUCUUUUACUGGGUCAAGGUCUCUUCUUUCACACAUCCCAUCUUCCUGUGGCUCAAGUGGAGAAUCGUGAGGUUUGUUCCCUGGCUAUAGCUGGGUUCUCUGCUGCUUUCUUAUGUGAAAAUCAUCCCUUCAGCUAUUAGGAAUAAUAAUAUCACCAUGGGGAAUUCCCCCAGAAACAGCACUGUGAUUGACAGACUUGAGACAUUUCUCCAGUUUUUUGCCAUGACCCAGCAAAUGGUUAUAUUGGCCCUUCCUUCCCUCCUGCUCCUGGCCUCCAACAUCUUGCUCAUAGCCUCACUGUCCCAGCACGUGGAGCUGAUGCAGCACCCCAACACUGGCCACUGCAACUCCAGCAUGAAAGCUCACUCCACUGCCAUGUUCUUCACCCCUUAUUUUCUGACCCUACUGAUCAUCGGCAUCCUAUGUGAAAAGGGGUCCUGGUUCUGGGUAGAGGCCAUCAUCUAUGCUAUAGUUCUUAUUCAUUCCACUUCACUGAUGCUGAGCAGCCCUGCAUUGAGAAAGUUUUAA